AAAAAAAUCAAUGAUCGGUACGCGGGCUGAACCGAAAUCAACCAUGGUCAAUAGGCGUUUGUUACAUUGCGCCGUGACAUGGGCGCUACUACGUUUGACAAUUUUGUUCGCAAAAAGCUGCACGCAGUAGCAGGUGAUGUGACCGAAAAUGGCUUGGGCAUGUCCAUGGAGGACCGCAAUAUGGUAUUGAAACACAGUAGCAUCAUCAUCCAUUGUGCUGGCCAAGUCGAUGCUAGCGAACAUAUCGAUAUAUCCGUUAAAGUGAAUGCCCUCGGUGUCAUAAAUGUCAUGGCCAUUGCAAACGAAUGCGGGUCGCUCUCCGGUUUAAUCCACCUAUCUCCGUUACAAAGUCAUAAUCGAUCUUCCUUUGGAACUCUCUACGAAGAUAAACUGAGCCCACUACCGAAUGCCGAACCAGAAACAUUGUUAACUAAUAUUUUAUCAGCAGAACUACAAGAGAUGCCGUCCAUUAUGGAAGAUAUCAAGCCUUACUAUCCCAAUAGCUAUAUGUUCUCCAAAUCUCUGGCAGAACAUCUCUUGGUGAGGGAUGUCCAAAAGAAGCAGAUCAACAGCUUCCCGCAGUAUCCAAUAGCGAUCAUGCGACUUGGGCCUCUAGGUCCAAGUCUAGCAGAGCCUUUAAUGGGAUGGGCCGACAACGUGAACGGUGCCAACGGCCUUCUUCUCCUAACCGGACGCGGCAUCCGAGUUAUCCAAGCAAAUCAAGGAGAAAAUCCAGUGGAUAUCAUUCCUGUCGAUUUUGCCGUACGUCUCAUUCUUGGAUGUGUGGCCAACCUUUCCAUCCCGAAACAAUUCGCAGUGCCGUCUCCUUUGCAGCAUGAGCCAUUUGUGUCUGCCGAUUAUCCGUCCUACAGAGAGUCGACUACCGCCACUUCUGUAUCCAUUCGCGAUUCAGCGGCAUCAUCUGAAGAAGCAUCGUUUUAUCGAUCUUCAGCAGGUAGUCGCGCUUCAUCCCACACGUCAGCGCAGAUCGACUCCUUGGGUCCAAAAGAAAUCACUUUCCCUUCCAUAUAUCAUAUUUCCUCAAUCAAAAUGCGUCCCGUCUCAUGGCGUGUCGCGUAUGACGCUAUACGGCAAUAUUGGAUGCAGACGACCAAUGUUAGACUGAUACCGGCGGAAAUCUAUUUUUCCAAUGAUGCAGCAAAAUCCCCUGCUGGAUUGUCCCGAGCACGAACUGUAAUGAACUCGCUGAGAUCGGCUGCUACAAGUUACAUAACCGGAGUCCCAACCGCUAAUACAAGCAUGAUCGAUCCCAUUUCAAAGGUUCCCGGCAAGCGCAACUCUCACCGAUUCAGCCGCUGUGUGGAUAAAGCGGUCAAGGCAGCUAGUCAUUUACGAGGCUCUUUUGGUGAUAUGUGGCUGAAUACGGUCGAUACAAAUACCUCUCACCUGAAACAACUUCUGCGAAAAGAUUCCGCUGCAGUCGAUUUCGAUCCGCAUGAAUUGAUCCCCGAAGAUGCUUCAGUUGCACUGUGGAAAAACUAUUUCAUGAACGCUAGUUAUGGUAUACAUUACUUUGUUGGUGGCGAAUCGAAUCUACGACUUCCAUCACCCAUCUCAGAAUGGGAUUGCGCUUUGCACAAUGAAAGUGAAGCUGCGACCAUGGUAGACAAGCCAACUCAAAGUUCGGUUUACUCUGCUGCCGAAGUCACGAAGCGGACAGAACGUAUGGUCCACAAGAUAAAAGACGUGCUGAUUGAUAAUAUUCAACAUUCCAAAGAAACGGACGAUGAGUGGUUGACAGAUAUGGAUGACAGCUUGGAAGACUGGUGUCAAGACCCAUCGAUUGUUGCGUCCGAACGCGAGAAAAGAAUGGUCUUUGGUAAAUGGCGCAAAAAAGUUGGCAGCAAUGAUGAAGCAGUCAAGGUUGUGGUGCUUAAUGAUAAACGAGUCAAUGUGGCGGUGCACAAGAUCACUCAAAAUGCCGGCGUUUCCAAGCAGACAGCUGUCAACGAGGCCACAAAAAUUUUACUUCGUAUGAGUGAAAGGACGCAGCUUGCAUUUGUCUGUUUCACAGGUUUCUUUCUGAAAUCAUUAUUUGAAAACAUGUUUGAAAAUAUCCGUAUACGAGAAGAACAUAUAAGACAGAUUCGAGAUGCUACUCUUGGUAAAAGGGUUGUCUAUGUGCCUGUCGCUAAGAGCAUUUUGGACCCGCUGUUGCUAUGGUACAUCACCAUCCGUUUCCAAUUACCGGUGCCCGCAUUGGCAUGCGACGAAGCGAUGGCUCAGUUGGGGUCUAUUUCCGAUAUUUAUCGACUUGCGGGUGCUUACUAUAUGAAGCGAGACAAGCGCCAUCGUUCACCAUUGAAUUCGGCGGUGCUUGCUGCCUAUACCCAAGUGCUGUUGCGCGAGCAUGGCGCUUUAUGUUUUUCACUCGAAAAGACACGCUCUCGCAGUGGCAAAUAUGACGAACCAUAUGCCGAUGGCCUAAUUGAUAUGGUGAUUGAAGCUACCCUGCAGUCAAAUCAAUCGCGUACUCCGGCGUUCAAUAAGUUGAUGCAAUCCGAGACUACUCCUCCGACUUCACCAGAUACACCUGUAUCCGCCGCUCCGAGCCCAACUGCCAGCAUCGACGGUCAUGCGGGUCUUUUCCGUAAAGCUCACCGCGACAUUGUAUUUGUUCCCAUUAACAUUUCCUACGAGAACGUACCAGAAUUACCUCAUUUAAUUGACGAAGUACUUGAUCAACAGCCCAGACGACAAACUCAGGAACUGCAAACGCCCAUGGAAGGCGUUGUUCGUCCCAGUGAAGCGAUGGAUAAGCGUACAAAGAUGCUUGAAGGUGCUGAGGUACCGCGUAAACGUGGCCGGGUGCUCUUGGGCAUCGGUUCAUUGAUCAGCGUUCAAGAUACAGCUGAAGAAUUUAGUCAUAUUUAUGACUCCAGUACCAUGGAGAAUUUCGAAGUGGAAUUAGCGAAAGAAUUAACGAACAAGAUUCAAAAGCAACAACGACGGGCAUUGAUCAUUACUCCCAUAUCGCUUGUUUCUGCCAUUAUUUUGUAUGGACGUGCCACAGGUGGUGUAUGCGUUGGCAAAAUAAAGGAGCUGAUGCUCUGGCUUCGCGAAGAAUUUACUGAACAUGGCUAUCACAUUGACUGGCAAGAUGGCGAAGACCUGGACUCAAUUGUCCUCUAUGUAUUCCGUUUACUGGAAGACUCAAAGAAUCUGAUUAUUGAAGGCAAAGAAAUCAAUGAUGAUACAAACAUCCGCGUCAACGACCAUGCAGAUAACGUAAUGACCUUGUCUUAUUACGCAAAUCAGAUUGUGGAUGCGCUACUUUCAGAUGCUUUUAUGGCUGCAGUGUACUUGUCGUUUACUGAGGAUAUUGUUACCGAGGAUGAGUUCAUGGAUCGCUUCCGCUUCCUGGUCCAGAUGCUCGAACGCGAGUUCGUGUGUUCUUGGGAUGUGGACAAGCAAUUUAACAAGAUGAUCGAUGCAUUUGAAGAGCGAAAAAUUAUCCGCAAACGCCAGAAUCAAAGCGGUGUAAACGAGCUGUGUCUAGCAGUGAAUAUGGAACUUCAUCCUACCCAGUAUGAACAACUGAUCUUUUUAGCAUCCGUAAUCUAUCCUACGAUUGAUUCUUAUUGGAUUACUUCGUGUUCGUUGUCUGCUUUGGAAGCCGUACCCAUGCUCCCACGUAGCAUCGCACCGUUACUCUCCCAAUGGAUUGCUACUCAUCUGAUCGCCGGUCGUCGUACCAUUUAUCGUGAAGUCCUGUCCACUGAAUCCAGCCGUACAGCGAUUGAUGUGUUCAUGGCGCUCGGUUUCCUUGGUGAAUUCCAAGCAAAGGAACGGUUGUCACCGGAUGCUCAAAUUUUACUACAUGAACUGGGCGUACCAACCAGCGAAUCUUUGAUUGAACUGUCAGGGCAAAACAGCGAUGGUGGUAUGACGCCUGUAUCGCCCGUGGAUCCGGAAGGCAUGAUGAAAGCGAUCAUGGCUCAGAUACAGAUGAAUCGAGCCAAUUCGAAUAUGGCCGAUUUAUGUCAGCAAAUCGAUUCUUACCGCCUAGGUGCUGCAUCCCAGCGCGAAAGCUUUCAAAAUGCUCAAGUCUUCCAAAAAUGUCUGAAGCAAAUCAAAGGCAUCCUGCACACCGGUGCGAGUUUUGCGCAAAGGCGGAAAAUUGAGCUGAAAGAACCUGAAGAUAAACUGGUGCAGCUGGUAUAUGCCCUUCGCGUGAAUAGUGCAUCGUCGGCUCACACCGCUCAAGGUCGCGCUCUUCGUCGCAUUUCAGAGGCAUACAAUUUAAGAUAACUCAUCUUUCCGUAUUUCUUGUAUUUCCUGUUCCUUAUUAUUAUUUCAGCUGUUUUUACAUACUUCGCCCCGCAGCUAAUAUAUCUUGUAUAAAUUAUACUUUUUUACACUCAUGAUCACCAAAUGUUUCCAAUCUAGAAUAAGGGUCC